CGAAUUAGAUCUUUUAAUUUGUUGUAAAACAAUAACCAACCGGGUCUGCCAGCUUUCGGUGCUCCAAAAGAAUGAAAGAAGUAAAUGCUGCAUUUUUUCUUUUGGUACAGUAGAUGAUGCAUUUAAUGGCACGAACUUCGGUCCUCUUCUUCUCCCCCUCCAGGCCUCCCCUCUGCUAACCCAACUCAACACAAAGCCCAAGCGCCCCACACGCUCGCCGCUUUUAAUAUUACAAAACCAAACUGAAUCAGAAAAUACUAAACAAUAGAAAAGAAGAAUUUGAAGAUCCAUUCUCUCGUUUCCAAGUAUCCAACAGUAACAGUAGCCUCUGUUUCUCCCUCACCUCCCUUCUCUAUAUAUAACUAAUCACCCACUGUCACAAGAUCUUCAUCCCUUUCGCACUUCACUUCCGUUUCCUCUGCUCCACCUAAAAAAUAGGAAGAAAAAAAAAAACCAAACCAAACAAGAUCCUUCUCUAAUCAAUUCGUCUUCUUCUUCUGUGUUCUUUCACCAUGUCUCUAAAGCUUCUUCUCAUUCUUCUCUUCGCUCUGACCUCUAUCGCGGCGGCUCAAUCCGCCACCGCGGCCGAACCCAGCAAGGAAACAAGCCAUCUCCCCAAGCCUACUUCCGAUCCGCCGGCGACAGAGCCGACGGUCGGAGAAAUAGGGGAAGGUGCAGGGGCAGGGGAGGGCGAGGGGCAGAGGAAGAAGCACAUUGACAAGUCGGUGGCCGGCGGGGGAGUUAUAAUCGGCGGCCUUCUCACCGCCGUGUGUAUGGCGGUCUUCUGUUACAUACGCGUGACAAGGAAGAGAGACGACGAGCUGCCGAUGUUUGUGAACGGGAAAUCGACGGAUGCUCUGGCUUUGGAACGACAGUCGGUUACGUCAUCACCUUCUCCUCACUGAUCAUUCUUUUUUUUUUUUUUCUCUCUUCUUCUAAUCCCUUUGGUUGAUUGGUUAUACGAUACUAAUUACUUAGUUAUUACCUGGGCUUGAAGAUUAUGAGCAUUAGUUAUAUCUGUUUUGUAAGGGUUAUUCUUUUAUUGUCAUGUCCUACGUAAUAUUUCUUUUGUGAAUGUAAAUACAACUAUUAAGAUUACUGAGUAUUGUACUGAUGGAUCAUGCUGGUUCAACCUGAAAUGUUAAAGGAGCUUGGUUGGUGAAGUGGGUUAUAGAGUUCCAACGUUUUAACCUUCCCCAUUAGCACUUCCAAUUCUGGAGAUUAACUAGUAAUCAAGAAAGGAUCGGUCCAAAAAGUCGGAUAACGGACACGUGCUGUUAUUGGAGGACUUAACAAGAGAAGGAAGUAGAGGAUAUAGAAAAGUCAAGUUUUGAAGAUUGAUUGUAUCACAACUUUGUCGUAGAUCCAGCUUUCCUUCGGUUGAAUAGUGAAAUGAUCGCCGAACUAUGAUGGUUACUGUGGUAACUCAGCUCUAAAACUUUAAACAAAUAAUAAUUAACUCGUUAUAUCUUGCCUUUAGUAACCAAAUAAUCACCCCAUAUUAGGGGGUGAAAACACAAUGUGAUUUCGGUCAAUCGCCCUGAAUAAUGCAAUUAAUCGCAACCAAAAAGAAAAUUUUGCCAACAGUAACUGCAACGUAAACAGUUGUCGGUUAACCUCUAAUAGCAAAUCACGAUUAGCUAGCAAUUAUUUGGAAUUAACCUCAGUAGUGAAACUAAGGGGUUGUUUGCUUCAUGGAUUUGGAUGUUAAAUCCAACACAUGAAGGAUUUGUCCAAAGCCAUUGUUUGUUGAGCCAAAAUGGAGGGUACCAAAUCCGUGGGGACCAUUGAUUUGGGGCUCCAAAUCCGUGGGCCCCACGAAUUUGUAAAUCCCACCUAUUUACUUGGGAUUUGAAGAAGGAAACAAAUCCUUCAUGAAAAAUGACUUAUAUAUCCCUUUAUAAUUUAUUUAUUUCAACUUUACCCGUCAUUAGUUAUUCUUUGCACUACUACAAUUGCCUCUUAUAGCUACAAACUUAGCCAUAAAAGGUAAUAUUGUAGCUAAUAACAUGCUAAUGACUACAUAAUCUAUGCCAUAAGCUAAUAACAUGCUAAUGAAUACAUAAUUUAUUCCUCAUGUCUAUUUGUGAAGGUCUUAGACACACAUUUAUUUUGCGAUAAACGUAUGAUUAUUUUGAUUCAAAUUUUGAUUUAGAUGGCAAGUAAUACCCUUUAGCUACAAACUACAUUUGUUGUUAAAAUAGUAAUUCUAACAAACAAAUUUUAGCCAAGAAUUGUAAGAUUACAACUAUAUAUUGUGAUUAUCUACACAUUUUAAUAUCUCGUGGCUACUAAUGUUACGAGCUUGCUAUAAAAUGUCAAUUUAAAA